CCCCAAAAAAACCCAGAGAGUCCCGGCCAACUCUAAUCACUUAACCAAAUGUCCUCUCCCUCAAAUCCCCAAUGCUAAAACCUCCUAUCUCUCUCUCUCUCGAUUUUAUCCAAGCCUUCUGGUAAUUUGAUUUGAUUAGAGAAUAUACGAUUCGUUGAUGGUGUUUGCGUUUCUGGGUUUCUGUUUUUUGCACACGGGCAUUGAAGCUCCUCUCGGGUGUGUGCCUAAAACCUUCGAUUUCAGCAAAUGGGUAUGUUCCAGUUUCUGAAAAUUUGAACAAUAUAUGAUAAAGUCUGCGAUUUCUGGUUCUUUUGGGCGUUCAUAUUUCUGGGUUCUUCGAAUUUUGAAUUGGGUUUUCGAUUCAUAAUGGUUUGUGUAGAAUGCUGAUGUCGAUGGAUGGGUGUGCAUUAAUCUUGGGAAAGUCCUGAAACAUGCUCUUUCUGCGAACCAGUCGCAGAUUCUAUAAUGCCGCCAUUGCCAUAACCUCGAAUGAUUUCCCUGCAGCUGUGUCCAAUCGAGUUUUGAAUACGAAACCAUUAGAAGAGCCUACACUCGUUAAGCUUAAAGCCGAGAGAGACCCCGAAAAACUGUUUCAUUUGUUUAAGGCGAACGCGCACAAUAGACUUGUCAUUGAGAACCGCUUUGCAUUUGAAGACACUGUGUCUCGGCUUGCUGGAGCUUGCCGGUUUGAUUACAUUGAACAUUUGCUUGAGCAUCAGAAGAGUCUUCCACAAGGUCGGCGAGAAGGGUUUAUUAUGAGGAUUAUAACAUUGUAUGGAGCUGUUGAGGCAUUUCUGAGGGAAAUUCCGGAGAAGUUUGACAUUGAAGUGGAUAUAUAUUCGUUGAAUAUUGUUAUCAAGGCUUUUUGCGAAAUGGGUAUUUUGGUUAAAGCAUAUCUGUUCAUGGUACAUAUGGAGAAGUUGGGAAUAAAACCAGACGUCAUUACAUACACAACACUGAUGUCAGCAUUUUAUAAGGACAACCGGUGGGAAAUUGGUAAUGGUUUAUGGAAUCUUAUGAUACUGAAGGGGUGUUUGCCUAAUCUUGCGACUUUCAAUGUUAGAAUCCAGUUUCUGGUACAUAGGAGACGAGCCUGGGAAGCUAAUAGAUUGAUGGGUUUGAUGCAGAAUAUUGAGAUGACACCUGAUGAGGUUACAUAUAAUUUGGUCAUCAAAGGUUUUUGUCAGGCAGGGUAUCUUGAAAUGGCCAAAAGGGUGUAUUCUGCUCUACAUGUGAAGGGAUACAACCCUAAUGUCAAAAUAUAUCAGACUAUGAUUCAUUAUCUUUGUAAAGGAGGGGAUUUUGAUUUGGCGUAUACUAUGUGUAAAGAUUGCAUGCAAAAGAAUUGGUUUCCGAAUGUGGAUACCAUUCAUACAUUGCUUGAAGGCCUAAAGAAGGCAAACCAGCUUGGUAAGGCUAAGGCAAUCAUGAUGUUGGUUCAAAAAAGGGUGCCUCCAUUUUCAUCAAAACAAUUGGGUGCUUUGCAAACCAUACUGACCAAGAGUCGAAAUAAGAUGAAGGACUAGAAAACUGAAAUGCAGUUGAUUAUGUAACUGCACGGCUCAACAAGGGCUAGUAUUCUUUCUCGCCUACUCAUUUGUAAAUAUGCAGAGCAAUUGACAUGAAUUUUGUUUAUUUGUACAAAAAAGCCAUCCUGGUUCUUCAAUAAUUUGUAUUACCACCUCAGUUGAAUGGAGCUUUGAAUGAGACAGCUGUCACCCAAAAUUGUUAAUUCCAAUCAUCGUCUACCCUGCCCCUCAAGGUGCAUCACAGUUCCUUCGGUUAUUCAACAGCGAAGUGAUUGGUAGAUGAGUUUUUCAUAUUCUGGGUAGAGUGAAUCUCAGCAGGAGGCAAGGGGGAGGGGAGCGCAGCAGGCUGGGAGUCGAUUCAUUACACUUGAUUUUGUGCAUUCAGAGGGGAAAAGAUAGAAGUUGAAAAUCUGAAGAAGGUGAGGAGUUGCUGCAUCAUGAGUCAGAGCUUGUCCUUCCUAAGUUAACUACGCACGUACGCAGCUUCACAUGAAAUCGCAGAUCUUUCUUCAUCUCUUGGAAUUUGAGAGUCGGAGAAUAUUGUUUGAUUGCUCUGCAGUUUCAGAUGGUUUGAACAUUAAACUCCCUCCGACAGGUGAGAAUUCGCUGCUAUUGACAGCUCCCUAUUCUUAUAAAUUAUAUCGCUUGGUCUGGAAGUUGAGUAGAAAUUUGAUAACUACUCUCCGAUGUAACACGGGCUGCACCCCGUUUCUUUAGUGCCAUUCAAUUCAAUUCAAUUCAAUUGUUCUAAAAAACUACUGAUAUCUGACUAUUGAGAACGUGAUACGAAAACAUUAUUUUCAUUGGAGACAAUUUAUACAUCU